CAUCAGAGGAAGAGGUAUCUAGGAAACCAAAGGAAGCUUUUCCACACCAAGCCUCUCUCCAUCUCAGGUAUUUGGUAUGGGGAUGCGGUUGCAGCCUCGGUGUCUGCAGCUGGACUCCGUACUGCAGACAGUGAGUGUCCUGGAGGCAGUGAUCCGGAGGAGCUUUGGUCCUGAUGGAGGACAGGUGCUGUUCACACGGGACACGGGGCAAACUCUGCUGACACGCCAUGGAACACGCAUCCUCACAGCCCUGCGGGUGGAACACCCGCUGGCCAGGAUGGUGGUGGAGUGUGUGAGGAGACACAGCUCGGUGACAGGAGAUGGCUCCAAGACCUUUGUCCUGCUGCUCGCCUCAUUGCUAAGGGAGAUACAGAAACACACCCGAAAAGCCCGCCAGGAAGGCGCAGGCGCCAAGCGUUUGGCUGAAGCUCUGUUGGCCUUCGGAUUGGACGAGCUCAGUGAUGUCAUCACUGUUGCAGUGGCUCCACAUGGCUCCUCCCUUUCAGACCCACACACCCCAGGACAAACAGACACACACACUCUGUGCCGCCUACUCAGUGCUUUCCUUCACACCCGGAUCAGCCCUACUCAUGCUGAAAUCAUCAGCCAACUGACCUGUGAGCUGCUCUCGCAUUGGAGCUGCCAUGGCGACUUCAUUAACGAACACUUCCCUGCUCUGCACACAGCAGUAUCAGGCUUCCCUAUUGGCUGUUCCCGUCUGCUGGAGGGCCAGGUCAUACAUGCAGAUUUCUCUACACCCCUCCCACUCCGCGACCAUGGACCAAUCAGGGCCCUAGCGGUGACGGAACCCCUAGAACCCAGCCUGCUGAUUGGUGGAACUGUGCUUGAGCUGGGUAGGGCUAAUAGAGAGAUAGAAAGUGUGUGUGUGAGAUUAGGGAGGAGGUUAGACAGUGUGUGUGUCAUUCUACAGCAUCUAGGAGUGUCUCUGCUCCUCUCAUCAGUCAGACAGUCGGAAGCCUUCUUGGCUGCAGUGGGGAGGUAUGGGGUGUGUGUGUUAGAGUGUGUGUGUGAAGACGACCUCACCUUGUUCUCUGUGCUCAGUGGAGCCCAACCUGUCUCAGACUGGGCUGUGAUUGGACAGGAACACGUUGCUACGGUUACCUUCUGCCGGCCGCUGGUGCUGGGAGCUCACAGGUUUGUCAAUGUGGGGUUUCCUAAGGCAGAAGACAGGGGCAGACCCCACAGUCUGGUUGUGUGUGGACUGACCGAGGGCCAGACGGAACAGAGUGUGUGUGCAGUACGAGAUGCUCUACACAUGCUGCAUACUACCUGGGGCCCCAAACACAGGACUAGAGCGACAGAGAGAACGGCACGCACAGACGUGAUGGAGCCUUGUUGUGUCAUUUCCGUGGGCGGGACUUUUGAGUUCCUGUUACACCACACACUCCUACAGCGCAAACACGGACACACACACUCUGUCACACACAGGCACACACACACUCUGUCACACACAGACACGCACACUCCGUCACACACAGACACGCACACUCAGUCAAACGCAGACACACACACUCUGUCACACUUGGACAACCCUGCCGUCUCGGGGAUGCUAGCAGAGGCCCUACUGAGUGUGCCCAGACAAAUCUACUCCCACAAUCCUCGGCACUACCUGGAGGCUCACGCACACACUCUCAGUUGCAUGCGUAACCAUGGUAUCUCUACAGAGCCGCCGGAAAUUAGUGCUGUUCUGGCAGCGGAUGGUUCUAAUAUGGUCCAGGCUGACACUGGGUCAGGGUCUGGGUCAGGGGUAAAGGAGGUGACAGUUUGGUCAAGCUCUGGCUCUAGUUCAGGUGUGGAGUCAGUGUCCUGUAAGUAUCAACUGAUCCUGGCUGUUCUACAGUGUCUCAGGAGUCUACUGUCUGUGGACACUGUACUACACGUUAAUACCUCACACACACUCUCACACGCCUGUCAGAGAGAAGAGGAGGAGGAUGACUGAGAACUCAUACUUGAAUUCCUUUGUGUUUUUGUUUUAUUGUUCAUCCAAAUGUUUCAUAUUCACUUCUUGAAAAAGCCAUCUAUUUGUUUGGUAUGUCUUUGCAGAUGAAUUUGUAUGGUAGUAAAUCUGAUUUUUAUUUGAUGAAAAGGGAGUGUGGUUGUGUU